AUGCCCGACUUACCAUUUUCAUCACACGGCCCGUUACCUAUACUAUCUCGGCCUGCCAUGCAUACUGUGCCCCCUCCACUACCUCCGCCACCGAGGAUCCGGGAUUUGGAAAAUGGUUACGACGCAGGCUGGCAUCAUGGAAACGCCGACAGAUCCACCACUUCUCUUCCGCCGAUAAAUCCGAAUUCAAGCUUGUUUGGAGGACAUCGACGACCCGAUACCGCUCCACGAAGUGAUCCCAUGGUGGUGGAUGAAUUAGAGGGAAGGCAAAGUGGAUUUCAAUUGUCUCGUAGUCCGGAAGCACAGAUUAAGAUUGAACCACCGCCUCCGGCAGAUGAUGGAUUUCCCAAUUCCAUGUCUGUCACUUCUCCGUCCGGCCCAAUGUGA